CACCGGUCAUUUGUUGUAUCAGUAAUACCAGGAUCAGUUUAAUUGUUUUGACAAAUAGUGUCCAAAAUGAGUGCAAUUAUACCGAAAGUCACUAAACUAAGUCCACUCAUUACCCGUGUCUUGGGCUGUAAUCCCGGUCUUAUGACACUUCAGGGAACCAACACUUAUCUGGUGGGAAGGGGUCGAAAGCGUCUACUCAUAGACACCGGCGAACCCAAUAUUCCUCAAUAUGUGGCGAAUCUCAAGACAGUCAUCGAUGACAAUGACAUCCAAUUGUCUCAAAUAGUGAUCACUCACUGGCAUCACGACCACAUCGGAGGUGUGGCGGACGUACUCAACACACUUCGCCUCUCAGACACUGAGUGCAAAAUAUAUAAGAUUUGUAGCGAAGAACACGACAAACAGUACUCUUCGGCCUUCAAAAUGAAUUACUUGAGUGACGGACAGAAGUUGUCUGCGGAUGGGGUGACCCUUCGAGUGGUGGCCACUCCCGGACACACCACUGACCACUUGGUGCUCGUGUUAGAGGAGGAGAACGCCCUCUUCAGC